AAUGUUCUUUGUUAAACUGGGAUAAGAUGAUGGAUUGCCAUUAGAGGUGUCCUUCAAAGUACUGACGCAGCGGUGUUGCAGAAAUUCAAUGGCUGGGGUUACCACCAGCUGCUCUAUCCAACCUUUCAAACAACCAAUUUCUCUUUCUGCUUUCCAAUCAAAACUCUCCCAUCUCCACCUUGACUUCCCUAAUUCCUCCAUCUCCCGCGGCUGUCGUAUCACCUGCCGGUAUGGAGGUGGCGGGGGCGGCGGAGGUUAUUCGCGACAGGGAGAUUCUAGGCGGCCUAAGUCGCCUGCUGAUGAAGAUCCAGCUCUUGAUAUCUCUAGUAUCAGGUCAAGUACUGUGAGGCUUAUUGAUGAGGAACAAAACAUGGUUGGUGUAGUAUCUAAAACUGCUGCUAUUCAGAUGGCUGAAGAUGCUGAACUUGACCUGGUUAUAUUGUCUCCAGAGGCAGAUCCUCCUGUUGUCAAGUUGAUGGAUUACAACAAAUAUAAAUAUGAGCAACAAAGGAAGAAACGAGAUCAGCAGAAGAAAAGUUCUGCUCAUCGUGUGGAUCAAAAGGAGCUUAAAAUGGGUUACAACAUCGAUGUGCAUGAUUACACUGUGCGUUUGAAGGCUGCUCAGAAGUUUCUAAAAGAUGGUGACAAGGUGAAACUAAUAGUAAACUUGAAGGGACGUGAAAACGAGUUCAAAAAUAAUGCGAUUGAGCUUAUACGACGUUUCCGUGAUGACGUAGGGGAGCUAGCGAUUGAGGAGAGCAAGAAUUUUAGGGACAGGAACAUGACAUUGGUGUUGAUUCCAAACAAAGCUAUUCUACAACAGAAAGAAACACCAAAGAAGAAAGAAAAGUCAACUGGGACUGAAGUAUCUGCUUCUGUAUCACCAUGAUAUUCUAGAUUUUAAUUUUAUUCCUCAAAAUUUAACAGAUUCUUGAAUUGUGUAUAGUUUGUUUUAGUGGAUUAAUUAAACAUGUAUUAUGCGGAUAAUUAUAUAAUCAUUUUGGUUCUUGGUAGCAAUAGCAGUAACCUUGGUAUAAUUAUUUUAUUGUGUAUUUCAGCUUGUUAAU